AUGGACAAGAGUUGGAUGCAAAUCACUGAUAGAUUUGGAUCUAGGGAAUAUGCUGAAGGAGUGAAGGAGUUCCUUACCUUGGCCCAAACUUUAGCUGAGGGUGAGGAAAUUCGUUGCCCAUGUGUUAGAUGUUCAAAUAAUUACUUCCUACCAAUAACCCAGGUAGAGAGACACUUGUUUAUUAAAGGUAUUGACAAGAAUUACACGACAUGGAUUUUUCAUGGUGAACAAGAAGAUUUAAUCAUAAGUGAUGAUGAUGAUAAUGUACAUGAUCCUGAUGAAGAGGAUGACUUCAUUGAUGACGUUGAUGUUAUGUUACGAGAUAUUCGGGCUGGGGGAUUUCCUGAUGUUCCCAUAAGCGAUUCAUUCCAUGCUACGGGUUCCACAUCGGUCGAUACCUUUUCUGAUCGGACUUUUGACCAGCUGUUGGCUGAUUCCCGGCGUCCUCUUUAUGAAGGUUGUACAAAGUAUUCUAAACUAUCAUUCACUGUCAAGUUGUUGCACAUUAAAACACUUGGUGGUUGGAGUGUAAAGUCGUUCGACAUGCUUUUACACUUGUUGAAGUCAGCUUUUCCCAAUUCCCUUUUGCCAAAUUCAUAUCAAGAAUCACGUAACUUGGAAAGAGGGCUGGGCUUUACUUACACCAAGAUACAUGUGUGUCCGAAUGACUGCAUACUUUAUUGGAGGGAAAAUGUGGAUAAAGAUGAGUGCCCGAAAUCCAAGGUUGCAGAGAUUGUUUAUGUCACAAAAAAAUCAGUUGAUAUGCGGUGGCACAAGGAUCAGCGUGUCAUUCAGCAAGAGUUUCUAAGUCAUCCUGCUGACUCUGAGGUGUGGAUGACAUUUGAUCAAGAGCAUGCUUGGUUCGCAGAAGAUCCAAGAAAUGUCAGGCUUGGUUUAGCUAGCGAUGGUUUCAACCCAUUUAAUAAUUUGGCUAAGCCUUAUAGCGUAUGGCCAGUGAUUCUUGUCCCUUACAACUUACCUCCGUGGUUGUGCAUGAAGGAUCCAUUUUUUAUCACUUCACUCUUGAUUCCUGGACCAAGAUCACCAGGAAAUGAAAUCAAUGUUUAUCUUCAGCCUUUGAUAGAGGAAUUGAUUGAUCUAUGGGAUAAUGGUGUUGAUACAUACGAUGCAAAGGCCAAAGAGACUUUCAAAUUGCAUGCAGCAUUGCUAUGGACAAUCAACGACUUCCCUGCUUAUGGAAACCUCUCUGGGUGGAGUACUAAGGGGAAGAUGGCAUGUCCAUCAUGCAAGGAAGAAACAGAUUCGAUGUGGUUGCCAUAUAGCCGAAAGCAUUGUUACAUGGGUCAUCGCCGAUGGUUGCCACCGGGCCACAUCUGGAGAAAGAAAAAGACUAUUUUUAAUGGCAGUGCAGAGCAUCGUGACCCACCUACAAUGUAUUCAGGAGAAGAUAUACUCAUUCAACUCCAAAGUAUUCCUAAUGCAAAUUUUGGCAAAGCCAUAAAGAAAAGAAAGCGUACCACAGAGGAAUUCAAUUGGACCGAGAAAAGUAUCUUCUUUCAAUUGCCAUAUUGGUCGACUAUAAAGAUUAGACAUAAUCUGGAUGUGAUGCACAUUGAGAAGAACAUAUGUGACAACAUCUUGGGAACUUUGAUGAAUAUCUCUGGCAAAACUAAAGAUCAUCCUAAUGCACGUCGUGACCUUUCCACUCUCAAUAUCAGGGAGGAGUUACACCUUAUUCAGGAUGGACAACGCAUUAGUAUGCCACAAGCAUGUUAUACGUUGUAUGGAGCUGAGCGGACUGGUUUUUGUAAUUGGUUGCACGGUGUGAAAUUUCCGGAUGGCUUCGCUUCAAACAUUGCUAGAUGUGUUAGUGUAAGUGACUACAAAAUCUCAGGGAUGAAAAGUCAUGAUUGCCAUAUUUUCAUGCAAAGAUUACUUCCUGUUGCAAUUUCUGGAUACUUACGCCAAGAUGUACGAUUGGCACUUUUCGAGCUAAGCACUUUCUUCAAAGAAUUGUGUGCUAGAACAUGUAAGAAGGAAGUCUUAGAGCGGCUUCAAGCUGAUAUCGUCGUUAUUCUUUGCAAGCUUGAGAUGAUUUUUUCGCCUACCUUUUUCGACAUAAUGGUGCACUUAGCAUAUCACUUGCCACGUGAGGCCUUGCUUGCAGGGCCAGUUCAAUAUAGGUGGAUGUAUCCUUUCGAGAGAUAUCUCGAAAAAUUCAAGAGAUAUGUUAAGAAUAAAGCCUACCCGGAAGGUUCAAUAGCUGAGGCCUAUAUCCAUGUUGAAUGCUUGAAUUUUUGUUCCAUGUACCUCCAUGAUGUUGAAACUAGAUUCAAUCCUCCUGAACGUAACGUCGACGAAGGAGAAGAGGGUGUACGAGAGGGACUUGAUGUUUUUUCACAUAAGGUGCGACCCAUGGGUUUUGCAUCACGUCACCAAUUAGACGAUGAUGCUUUCAUAAAAGCCAGAUGGUAUGUUCUUAAUAACUGCACAGAGAUUGGAGAAUACCUAAAUGAGCACUACAUGCAAGUGAGUGAAGAGUAUCCCAAUAAUGCCGAUAGUAUGCAUGCUGCAAAAUUUCCAGACUGGUUCAAGUCACAAAUUCAAGCUAGGCGUGCUGAUAAUGCCGAAGAAGUUUCGGAUGAUCUAUAUGCUUUAGCAUGUGGUCCUGACCCUUGGGGUGCGUCCUAUUCUGGUUGCAUAACCAACGGUAUAAGAUUUCACACAAAAAAAGGGGAAGAACAUCGUCGCACCCAAAACUCUGGUGUCAUGGUCAUUAGUGAACAACCAGGAUCUGAAAAACUUGAGUUCUUUGGUAGACUAAUAGACAUUUUGGAAUUCCGCUACAUGGGUUGGCGUCGUGUUUACUUAUUCAAAUGUGAAUGGUUUGACAUCUCUGAUUCCAAACGAGGGAUACGUAUGGAACCACAUCUUACUAGUGUGAAUAUGUCGCGGACAGCUUAUAAGGACGAUCCAUUUGUUUUGGCGUCCCAAGCAUCACAGGUAUUUUACCUGAAAAAUCGCAGCAUCCGUGGGGAAUGGUAUGUAGUCCAAAAGGUCAUACAUAGAAAUGUCUAUGACCUUCCACGAUCAUCCCUUAUUGAAGAUGAUGAAUCUGAUUCUAGUGACGUUGAUGCAUACCAAGAGGAUAAUUCUGGUGAUGCUUACGUGAGUGUCCAUGCUGAUGACAUCCCACUGCAAACAGACAUGCACAGGCCGAAUGUUGAACCGGAGCAGGUUGAUGUUGACACAUUGGUAAUGCAAAGGUCUAAUCGGGACCACUUUGAGCAAGGUUUUAUCAAUGACGAUACCAGCGAAGACAAUUCAGAUCACAUCGCCGAACUAGAGGGUAGCAUAGAAGAAGAUAGUAUCUCAACGGAGGAUGAGAUGAACUAG